CUGUGGAAAUCUUUAGCCUGUGGUAAUUCCGCGUUCACCGCCGAGCAAACACCCCCCUGCCUCGACUGACUCUUGCCAAAUCCUUUGACAUCCUCCUCAGGUGGCGUAAAUAACUCUUUAAAGGUUUGUUAGCAGCGCAAAAUGGGAGAAACGACGGAGCAAAAGAACUUUUCUGAAGUUAUUUCUCAGAUAUUUCAAGAGGCUCCAGGCGCCAGGAAGGGUCUAGUUGACAACCACAGCAACCUCCUGCAGGUCGCAGAUUACUGCGAGAACAAUUACCUUCAGGCAGAGGAUCCAAACAAGGCUGUUGAAGAGGCCAAGGCUUUGGCUGCCCAGUCGCUGGCCAGUGUGGCCUACCAGAUCAGCAGUCUGGCCAGCACUCUGCUGAGGCUGCUGGACUCACAAGCCAUGCAGAUCAGAGAUAUGGAGUCUUCAGUCAACCUGCUGUCACUGGCUGCAGCUGUCCACUUCGAGAAGAUAGCCAGGAGAGAAAUUGGUGCUUUUACUACUCCCAAACCCAAGAUUCGUUCCAAGCUUUUGACCGCACCGACUUCAGGAAAGGAGCCAGAGAAAAGCUACAUGAGAGUGCCAAUAUCAUACUCCAUCUUGGACUCCGUUGGACACUGCUUUCAGGUUGCUGAGCCGCAGCCCAGAGAGAGAGCAGGGACCACAGACAGCAUACAGAGCACUGCAGACAUCCCUGUAUCCAGUUUUGGCCUCGCUGUGCCUCCGCCAUCAGUCCCCACCUUGAAAACCGUCUCCAACCCCACCAACGACAGCCUGCCUCCACCCCCUCCUCCCACUGCCAAUGCCAAUUUGGACCCCAAUGUGCCUGCUCCUCCUCCUCCUCCUCCUCCACCACCACCUCCCCCUCACUCCAUAGACACUGGCCUCCCGCCUCCACCCUCUUUGAUUUCACCAACAUGUCUCCCCCCACCUCCCCCUCCACCACCAAUCUCCCCGUCAAAUGGCAUGUACCCACCUCCACCUCCUCCUGUAGCGGGAGGUGCCCCUCUUCCUCCUCCACCUCCACCCCUAUCGGUGUCGGGAGCUGUGCCCCCUCCUCCUCCUCCACCACCCCUUCACACUGGCACCUCUGGUAUGGUGCCACCACCCCCUCCACCACCUCCUCCACCUCCACCUCUCCUACGCUAACAAACAAUAUAUUUUGUGUUAUACAAUGUAUUAACGUACUGAGGGGGCAUGCUGGGUUUUGCCAUUAGAUGGAUGUGUGAAAUGUGUGCAGCAUGGGAAAUGUUUUCAGGCUUGUUGUGAGAUCAACAUAAAGUAUAAAUAAAAGCUUGGAAAAGUC